CUUCUCUUGGCAUUUGGACUACUUCAGACUCCCUUCAGAAGGCACGAAAUAUUUAAGGGCAAUUACUGGCGAAAUCAUGUCGAUCCUUCCCGUCAUGCUCGUGUUCGCCUCUAUCCGAGGUCACGUGAUCGCGCAAACAUGCCCACAGGGGGUUUGCUACGGAGGUGCUUUCAAGGCCAAGGAAGGCAUAAAGGGGCAGCAUUUGCUUGGGUUCUCGUUCAAGAACCUCAGCACGGUCCGUCAUGCCCAGGGGUGCUUCUCGGCGUGUGCGAAUGAGUGCCUCUGCAGGUCGUAUCAGGUGUCACGUACGGGAUGCGAGUUACUGGAGGAAGACAAGGAUUCAAGAACUCUUAAGCCAAAUUCUGACUACAUAUACUUCGACCUGAAACAAAAGGUCGUCCGUUCGGCAUCUUCCUUGUCGUACCCAUCCGUCUGUAGAAAUGGCUGCUGUCUCGCCAACCCCUGUCUGAAUGGCGGAACGUGCACAGAGAAGUGCGAGCACCCGAAAACCAAGUUCUUCUGCAAUUGUCCGACUAAUGCCACAGGGAAACGAUGCGAGCAAUUCUUCUGGCCCAAGUCCUGCCUUGACUUCUACAAAGCACACAACGCACCAGCUAAACCACCGAGGGGUGUUUAUACGAUCUUCAAAAAUGAUAAUAUCACAGAAGUAAAAAGAUACUGUGAUUUCACACCGCCAAAUAAAGCAUGGACUUUGAUUGAAUCCUAUGCUGCGAAGCACAGAGUGGAAUUUGAAGCAAAGUCUUUUUUGGAUGACUACCCGGUCAAUCAAGAGACUCCUGGACAACACGAGAAGUACCGACUAGCGAGGGCAGCCAUGCAGAUGAUCAAAGCCACAGCGGUGUCGUACCGAGUUACAUGCAAGUUCCUUACCAGGGAGAACGUAACUGAUCGAGACUACCUCGAAGGACGAUUGCCAGCAUGGGACAUCAUAGAUGAGGCGAGUAUUUACAAAUCAUCCUACUGUAAAACAGUGACAUAUGUGAACAUCGAGGGUCAUAGCUGCUCGAAUUGCACUCUUGCGCUCUUCCAAAAGAAAGGAAAUUGGCAUUUUCACGCCCACCCUAACGUAGGCUGCGAUCUCAUUCCACCCACAUAUAAAGGCACAAGUAAGCAGAUUUUCGGUAAAUAUAACGACGGCUAUCAUUCAUUCCUGGGCUACGACUCUCCAGACUCAACCACAGAGUAUUGGUUGGGACAGGAAAUGCCAUGAACUAUGGAUUUACAAGGAAAUGCCAUGAACUAUGGAUUUACAAGGCAAUGCAAUGAACUUUUGAUUUACAAGGAAAUGCCAUGAACUAUUGAUUUACAAGGAAAUGCCGUGAACUAUUGAUUUACAAGGAAAUGCCGUGAACUAUUGAUUUACAAGGAAAUGCCAUAAAACAUUAAUUUACAAUAAAAUGCCAUAAAAAAAUGAUUUACAAGGAAAUGCUAUGAGCAUUUGUAAAUCAAUAAUUUACGGCAUUUCCUUGUAAAUCAAUUUUUUAUGGCAUUUUCUUGAUUUACAAGAAAAUGCCAUAAAAAAUUGAUUUACAAGAAAAUGCCAUAAAACAUUGAUUUACAAGGAAAUGCCAUAAAAAAUUGAUUUACAAGGAAAUGCCGUAAAUUAUUGAUUUACAAGGACAUGCCAUGAGCUAUUGAUUUACAAGAAAAUGCCAUGAACUAUUGAUUUACAAGGAAAUGCCAUGAACUAUUGAUUUACAAGGAAAUGCCAUGAUCUAUUGAUUUACAAGGAAAUGCCAUGAACUAUUCAUUUACAAGGAAAUACCAUGAACUAUUCAUUUACAAGGAAAUAGCACGAACUAUUCAUUUACAAGGAAAUGCCGUGAACUAUUGAUAUACAAGAAAAUGCCGUGAACUAUUCAUUUACAAGGAAAUGCCGUGAACUAUUGAUUUACAAAAAAUGCCGUGAACUAUUGAUUUACAAGGAAAUGCCGUGAACUAUUGAUUUACAAGGAAAUGCCGUGAACUAUUGAUUUACAAGGAAAUGCCGUGAACUAUUGAUUUACGAGGAAAUGCCGUGAACUAUUGAUUUACAA